GGUGUGUAGGGGCGUGGUGUCGGGGCGUAAGAGGCGGAUCCCUGUGUGUGUAGGGGCGGAGAGGCGGAUCCCUGUGUGUGCACAUGGGGGGUGAGGAGUGGCGUGCGUGGCGGGCAGUGCCCCGUCUCUCUCCGCUCCGACUGACCGGCACGCUCCUGCUCCUGUGUGUUGCUGUGCGGGUCGCCGGGGGCGACGGUGACGACUACACGCAGCGCGUGUCGCAGGCCUCCCAGUGCGGCGAGUACAGCAACCAGCUGCAGGAGGAUGGCACGUGCCGCCUAGUGGCCACUCUGCCCCAGAUGGACGAGCAGCGCUGCCCAGACAUGUUCCGCUGCACCGACGAGGUGGCCUUCUGGCUGCGGGAGAACGAGGAGCGCAAGCAGCAGAUCCUCACACUCAAGGAGACCGUCUCCGAGCUGCAGGAAGAGCUACGCAACCACCGUCACCGCGUCAAAGUGCUGGAGCUGCAGAGUGAGGAGCGUAACCGUGUGAACUCGUCGCUGGAGCAGCGCGUCCAUGAGCUGGAGGAGCACUAUGCCGAGGCCUCCACCCUGCUCCACCUGCAGGGGUCGCUGUUGUACGACCUGCAGGCCCAGAUGGGGAACCUCUCCCUGCAGGUGGAGAAGGUGCGGCGCAACCCGGGAUGCAUGAUCAACAUCGUCAGAACCAGCCCCCUGCUCAGCGCUCAGGAGGCACUGCACCCAGAGGUGCAGCAUGUGAGGAACUGCCCUAUAGACUGCGCCUCCAUCUACUAUAAUGGGGUGCGUCGCUCAGGCAUCUUCACCGUGGUGCCGUCGCUAGGGGCAACCCCUGUGGAGGUGUACUGUGACAUGGAGACGGACGGUGGUGGUUGGACGGUGAUACAGCAUCGGCAGGACGGCUCGGUGAACUUUGACCGCAGCUGGACCGAGUAUAAGGAGGGUUUUGGGGACCUCCACACGGAGUACUGGCUGGGAAACUCCCACAUCCACGACCUGACCAGCCAGGGGGACUACACACUCCGCAUCGACCUGGAGGAUUGGAGCUCCAAGCACAAAUACGCCCUCUACCAGAGCUUCAGCAUUGAGGACGAGGCCACGCAGUACCGGCUGCACGUGUCCGGCUACAGCGGCACGGCGGAGGACUCCUUCAGCUGGUACCACGACAAGCAGGGCUUCAGCACGCCCGACACCGGCAACGUGUGCGCCGAGAUCUCCCACGCCGGCUGGUGGUACAACCAGUGCUUCUACGCCAACCUCAACGGAGUCUACUACAAGGGAGGGCGGUACUCUCCUAAAGCGAAGAACCCACUGGGUCCAGACGGGAUCGUGUGGUUCACCUGGAAGGACUCUGACUACUACUCCCUCCGCAGGGUCAGCAUGAUGAUCCGCCCACGGACCUUCAGACCGCACCUGUCCCCCUGACCACACCUGUCCCCCUGACCACACACACAGACCUCACCUGUCCCCCUGACCACACACACCGACUGCACCUGUCCCCCUGACCACACACACAGACUGCACCUGUCCCCCUGACCACACACACAGACUGCACUUGACCACCUGACAAGAGAACACCUUCAGACCGCACCUGACCACACACACAGACUGCACCUGACCAUACACACCGACCUCACCUGUCCCCCUGACCAUACACACAGACUGCACCUGACCACCUGACAAGAGAACACCUUCAGACUGCACCUGACCAUACACACCGACCACACCUGUCCCCCUGACCACACACACCGACUGCACCUGACCACCUGACACGAGAGCACCUUCAGACCGCACCUGACCACACACACCUGACCAUCUGAUAGAGAACACCUGCAGACUGCACC